AUGUCAACUUACAACAAGCAAGACGACGGAAAGCGCUCAAACGCUGGUAUCGAGAAUUACAACAACUUCUGGCAAAAAGAUUCUUCGAACGACUCAGAAACCGAUCGUCAAAACAGGUUGGACGUCUACAAAGAUGUCGUCAACGGCUACUACGAUGGCGCUACUGAGCUCUACGAGUACGGAUGGGGCACUUCCUUCCACUUCUGUAGAUAUUACAAGGGUGAGGGCUUCUAUCAAGCUUUGGCCAGACAUGAGCAUUAUUUGUCCUCAAACAUCGGUUUGAAGAAGGGCAUGAAGGUCUUGGAUGUCGGCUGUGGUGUCGGUGGCCCUGCCAGAGAGAUUGCUACCUUCUCAGAUGCCAACAUUGUCGGUCUGAACAACAACGCUUUCCAAGUCGCGAGAGCAAGAAAAUACACAAAGAAAGCUGGUCUUGAAGAUAAAGUUGAUUUCGUCAAGGGUGACUUCAUGAAGUUGUCCGAACAGUUCGGUGAAAACUCUUUUGAUGCUGUCUACGCUAUCGAGGCUACCGUUCACGCUCCAAACUUCGAGGGUGUUUACAAUGAAAUUAAGAAGAUCCUCAAGCCAGGUGGUAUCUUUGGUGUCUACGAAUGGUGUAUGACCGACGAAUGGGACCCACGCAACCCUGAGCACAAGAGAGUGGCUCACGGAAUUGAAGUCGGCGAUGGUAUACCAGAAAUGCGUAACGUUGAAAAUGCCCGUAACGCUUUGAAAAAGGUCGGGUUCGAGAUUCUCCACGAGGAAGACCUUGCAGCUAGACCGGAUCCUAUACCAUGGUACUAUCCAUUAGAAGGAGAUAUCAGAAAAUGUCAAAACUUGUGGGAUAUUUUCACAGUCUGGAGAAUGACAAGCGUUGGUAAAUUUGUGACUCAAAAUGGUAUAAAGGUACUCGAGAGGUUCGGCGUUGUACCAAAGGGUACAUUUGAAGUUGGAGAAUCACUCAAGGUCGCUGCUGAUGCUCUCGUCGAAGGUGGUCAAAAGAAACUCUUCACCCCGAUGAUGUUAUUUAUCUCCAAAAAACCAGAGUAA